AUGUUGCGAAAACAACCAACGGCAAUUCAGAUUACCGCGGAAGAUGUUUUUGAGUAUGAUGAUGAAAAGCUGAAAGAAAACCACGACUUUAGCUCGCCUUCUCAUAAUGUAUCUCAUAGACCAAAAGACACGUUUACGUCCAUGCAGGAGAAGAAGAAUCUAUCGAAAGAGCGAAGGAUCGGUAUUGCACCUGGACAGGAUCAAUACGCCCAACCCUAA